AUGGCCGCAGAGCAGGAACAUAAAGAUAUUGAGUUCAAGACCUUUGAUGGCUUGACUCUACGCGGAUGGAUGUACAUGGGCCCCAAAGGUGGCCCUGCAGUGAUUGUCAAUGGCGCAUUCAUGUGUCCCAAAGAGAUCUUCGUCACGAGCAUAGCAGCUUGGUUCGGUCGUCAUGGCGUGACGGCUCUUGUAUACGACGCCCGUUCUCUAGGCACUAGCGACGGUAUGCCUCGAAGUGAUUUGGACCCUCAGAAGAACGCUGAAGACAACUCAGAUGCCGUCACAUUCUUGCUACAAGAAGGCUGGGUAGACCCGAACCGCAUAGCCGUAUGGGGGUUUUUCUACAGCUCCGGGAUAGCACUCGAGGCCGCGGCAUUUGACAAGCGCAUAAAAGCCGUCAUAGCCCAAGGCCUGAUGCCCGAGUGGUACCUGGAUCCCGCUGAUCAGGAGCAGCUCGUCGCUCGUGCCGUCGCGGAUCGGGCGAACCAGCUCCGCGGCAAUCCUCCCGAAUACGUACCCCUACUGAAUGAGAAGGGCGAGCACUUCCUACUCUUCAAGUACCUGGCCAACAUGACGCCCGAGCAUCAGGCACACCUACCCAACUGGGUCCACGGGGCCAGGAAGACCGCCCCGACCUUCCGGGACAGUUUGACCAUACAGAGUUUCUAUCGUCACGCCAAGUGGCAGCCCAUCCACCUAUUCGCAUCCGUCUGCCCUACCCCCGUCAUGAUACUGACGCCUGAGAAUGACGAGGUCGUGCCGCCCGACUAUCAGAAGAGCAUAUUUGACAGCCUGCAAUCGCCGCAUAAGAAGUUUCAGAUUGUGAAGAACAGAGGACACGCAGACCUUUUAAGCAUUGACCUUGAUGAGCUGCUGGACGGGCAGCUAGCGUUUCUCAAGGAAGUUUUGGACUUUUGA